CGGCGGGGCAGGUCGAGGGGAAAGAGACAGGGAAACUCUCGGCCGGCCCGGGAAGAUGGCGCCAGGCGGGCCGGCCGUGAACUGAGAGCCGGCGGGCGGAGAGGAGUCGGGACCUGCCGCCCAGCGGGGCACGAGCGAGGGCCACACGCCAGGCGCGGUGCCCGGGCUCGGGCCGGCCCGCGGGGUCAUGUCGGUCAGCGAGCUCUACGGCCAGUACACGAGGGUCUGGAUCCCUGACCCUGAUGAAGUGUGGCGCUCAGCUGAGUUAACCAAGGACUACAAGGAGGGAGACACGAGCCUCCAGCUCAGACUGGAAGAUGAAACGAUUCGGGAAUACCCUAUUGAUGUCCAAAGCAACCAGCUGCCCUUUUUGCGGAAUCCAGAUAUCUUGGUGGGAGAAAAUGACCUAACUGCCCUUAGCUAUCUACAUGAGCCUGCAGUUUUGCAUAAUUUAAAGGUCCGUUUCCUGGAGUCGAACCACAUCUACACUUACUGUGGUAUCGUGCUUGUUGCCAUUAAUCCUUAUGAACAGUUGCCAAUCUAUGGUCAAGAUGUCAUCUAUGCCUACAGUGGCCAAAACAUGGGGGACAUGGACCCCCACAUCUUUGCUGUGGCAGAAGAAGCCUACAAGCAGAUGGCCAGAGAUGAGAAGAACCAGUCCAUCAUAGUCAGCGGGGAGUCCGGAGCCGGCAAGACUGUGUCAGCCAAGUACGCCAUGCGCUAUUUUGCCACGGUGGGUGGCUCGGCCAGUGACACCAACAUUGAAGAGAAGGUCCUGGCAUCCAGUCCCAUCAUGGAGGCCAUUGGAAAUGCUAAAACCACUCGCAAUGACAACAGCAGCCGUUUUGGGAAGUACAUUCAGAUUGGCUUUGAUAAAAGGUACCACAUCAUUGGUGCCAACAUGAGGACCUACCUGUUGGAGAAGUCCAGAGUGGUCUUUCAGGCAGAUGACGAGCGGAAUUACCACAUCUUUUACCAGCUCUGUGCUGCCGCCAGUCUCCCGGAAUUUAAGGAGCUUGCACUGACAUGCGCAGAGGACUUCUUCUAUACCUCACAGGGAAGAGACACGUGUAUCGAGGGUGUCGAUGAUGCCGAGGACUUUGAGAAGACGCGGCAAGCCUUCACACUCCUCGGAGUGAGAGAGUCCCAUCAGAUAAGCAUUUUUAAGAUAAUUGCUUCUAUCCUGCACCUUGGAAAUGUGGAGAUUCAGGCUGAGCGUGAUGGUGAUUCCUGUAGUAUAUCACCUCAGGAUGAACACUUGAACAGCUUCUGCCGACUGCUAGGGGUGGAGCACAGUCAGAUGGAGCACUGGCUAUGCCAUCGAAAGCUGGUCACCACCUCAGAGACCUACGUCAAGACUAUGUCCCUGCAGCAGGUGGUCAAUGCCCGCAACGCCCUAGCCAAGCACAUCUAUGCCCAGCUGUUCGGCUGGAUUGUGGAGCACAUCAACAAGGCCCUGCACACGCCUCUCAAGCAACACUCCUUCAUUGGCGUCCUGGACAUCUAUGGGUUUGAGACAUUUGAGGUGAACAGCUUUGAGCAGUUCUGUAUCAACUAUGCGAAUGAGAAGCUACAGCAGCAGUUCAACUCGCACGUGUUCAAACUAGAGCAAGAAGAAUAUAUGAAGGAGCAGAUACCUUGGACCUUGAUUGAUUUUUACGAUAACCAACCUUGUAUUGACCUCAUAGAAGCUAAACUGGGCAUCUUGGACCUGUUGGAUGAAGAGUGUAAGGUCCCUAAAGGAACUGACCAGAACUGGGCACAGAAGCUCUAUGACCGGCACUCUGGCAGCCAGCACUUCCAGAAACCCCGCAUGUCCAACACGGCCUUCAUUGUGGUCCACUUUGCUGAUAAGGUGGAGUACCUUUCAGAUGGUUUUCUGGAGAAAAACAGAGACACGGUGUAUGAAGAGCAGAUCAACAUCCUGAAGGCCAGCAAGUUCCCACUAGUGGCUGAUUUGUUUCAUGAUGACAAAGACUCUGUUCCUGCCACCACUGCAUCUGGCAAGGGCUCAUCCUCAAAGAUCAACAUUCGCUCUGCCAGACCCCCUCUGAAAGUCUCCAACAAGGAACACAAGAAAACCGUGGGCCACCAGUUCCGUACCUCCCUGCAUCUGCUCAUGGAGACCCUGAAUGCCACGACCCCACACUACGUGCGCUGCAUCAAGCCAAAUGAUGAGAAGCUCCCCUUCCACUUUGACCCAAAGAGAGCAGUGCAGCAGCUCAGAGCAUGUGGGGUGUUGGAGACCAUCCGAAUCAGUGCAGCCGGCUACCCAUCCAGGUGGGCCUACCACGACUUCUUCAACCGGUAUCGGGUGCUGGUCAAGAAGAGAGAGCUCGCCAACACAGACAAAAAGGCCAUCUGCAGAUCUGUCCUGGAAAGCCUCAUCAAGGAUCCCGACAAGUUCCAGUUUGGCCGCACCAAGAUCUUUUUCCGGGCAGGCCAGGUGGCUUACCUGGAGAAGCUUCGGGCUGACAAGUUCCGGGCAGCCACGAUCAUGAUCCAGAAAACUGUCCGGGGCUGGCUGCAGAAGGUGAAAUACCGCAGGCUGAAGGCCACUACCUUAACUCUGCAGCGGUAUUGCCGAGGGCUCCUGGCCCGCAGGCUGGCCGAGCAUCUGCGGAGGACACGAGCAGCCAUCAUGCUCCAGAAGCAGUACCGCAUGCGGAGGGCCCGCCUGGCCUUCCAGAGGGUCCACAGGGCCACCGUCACCAUCCAGGCCUUCACUCGGGGCAUGUUCGUGCGGAGAAUCUACCAGCAGGUCCUCAUGGAGCACAAGGCCACCAUCCUCCAGAAGCACGUGCGGGGCUGGGUGGCACGUAGGCGCUUUCAGCGGCUGCGGGGCGCGGCCAUCGUCAUCCAGUGUGCCUUCCGCAUGCUUAAGGCCAAGCAGGAGCUGAAGGCCCUCAAGAUCGAGGCCCGCUCAGCAGAGCACCUGAAACGUCUCAACGUGGGCAUGGAGAACAAGGUGGUCCAGCUGCAGCGGAAGAUUGAUGACCAGAACAAAGAGUUCAAGACUCUGUCGGAGCAGUUGUCGGCGGUCACCUCCACACACACCAUGGAGGUAGAGAAGUUGAAGAAGGAGCUGGCCCGCUACCAGCAGAGCCAAGGUGAGGACGGCAGCCUGAGGCUGCAGGAGGAGGUGGAGAGGCUGCGGGCGGAGCUGCAGAGGGCCCACUCAGAGCGCAAGAUCCUGGAGGACGCCCACACCAAGGAGAAGGACGAGCUGAGAAAGCGCGUUGCAGACCUGGAGGAAGAAAAUGCUCUCUUAAAAGAUGAAAAAGAACAGCUUAACAACCAAAUCCUGUGCCAAGCGAAAGACGAAUCUGCCCACAACUCUGCCAAGGAAAAUCUGAUGAAGAGGGAGCUGGAGGAGGAGCGCUCCCGGUACCAGAACCUCGUGAAGGAAUAUUCACGGUUGGAGCAGAGAUACGACAACCUUCGGGAUGAGAUGACCAUCAUCAAGCAAACCCCAGGGCACAGGCGGAACCCAUCAAACCAGAGCAGUUUGGAAUCUGACUCUAAUUACCCCUCCAUCUCCACAUCUGAGGUCGGAGACACAGAGGAUGCCCUCCAACAGGUGGAGGACAUCGGCCUGGAAAAGGCGGCCAUGGACAUGACCGUCUUCCUGAAACUGCAGAAGAGAGUGCGCGAGCUGGAGCAGGAGAGGAAGAAACUGCAGGUGCAGCUGGAGAAGAGGGAGCAGCAGGACAGCCGGAAGGUCCAGGUGGAACAAGCAAAGAAUGACCUGGAUUUGGACCAGGAUGCAGAUCUAGCCUACAAUAGUCUGAAGAGGCAAGAGCUAGAGUCAGAGAACAAGAAGCUGAAGAACGACCUGAAUGAGCUGAGGAAAGCCGUGGCUGACCAAGCCACACAGAACAACUCCAGCCACAGCUCCCCCGACAGCUACAGCCUGCUGCUGAACCAGCUCAAGCUGGCCAACGAGGAGCUUGAGGUUCGCAAGGAGGAGGUGCUCAUCCUGAGGACGCAGAUUGUCAGCGCCGACCAGCGCCGACUCGCCGGCAAGAGCACGGAGCCGAACAUUAAUGCCAGAACAAGUUGGCCUAACAGUGAGAAGCAUGUAGAUCAGGAAGAUGCCAUCGAGGCCUAUCAUGGGGUCUGCCAGACAAACAGCAAGACUGAGGAUUGGGGAUAUUUGAAUGAAGAUGGAGAGCUCGGCUUGGCCUACCAAGGCCUAAAGCAAGUUGCCAGGUUGCUGGAGGCCCAGCUGCAGGCCCAGAGCCGCGAGCAUGAGGAGGAGGUGGAGGGGCUCCGGGCCCAGGUGGAAGCCCUGAAGGAGGAACUGGACAAGCAGCAGCAGACCUUCUGCCAGACGCUGCUGCUCUCCCCAGAGGCCCAGGUGGAAUUUGGCGUCCAGCAGGAGAUAUCCCGGCUCACCAAUGAGAACCUGGACCUUAAAGAACUGGUAGAAAAGCUGGAAAAGAAUGAGAGGAAGCUCAAGAAGCAGCUGAAGAUUUACAUGAAGAAAGUCCAGGACCUAGAAGCUGCCCAGGCGCUGGCCCAGAGUGAGAGGAGACGCCAUGAACUCACAGGCAGGUCCACUGUCCAGCGGAAGGAGAAGGACUUCCAGGGCAUGCUGGAGUACCAUAAGGAAGAUGAGGCCCUUCUCAUUCGGAACCUGGUGACAGACCUGAAGCCGCAGGCGCUGGCGGGCACUGUGCCCUGUCUUCCUGCCUACAUUCUCUACAUGUGCAUCAGGCACGCAGAUUACGUCAACGACGACCUCAAGGUGCACUCCUUGCUGACCUCCACCAUCAACGGCAUUAAGAAAGUGGUGCAGAAGCACAAUGAUGACUUCGAGAUGACAUCAUUCUGGUUAUCCAAUACCUGCCGCCUCCUUCAUUGUUUGAAGCAGUAUAGCGGGGAUGAGGGCUUCAUGACUCAGAAUACUGAGCAGAAUGACACGGUCUUAAAGAACUUUGACCUCACUGAAUACCGCCAGGGGCUGAGUGACCUUUCCAUUCUCUACCAGCAACUCAUUAAAAUCGCCGAGGGUGUGUUGCAGCCUAUGAUAGUUUCUGCCAUGUUGGAAAAUGAGAGCAUUCAGGGUCUAUCUGGUGUGAAGCCAACAGGCUACCGCAAGCGCUCCUCCAGCAUGGUGGAUGGGGACAACUCCUACUGCCUGGAAGCCGUCAUCCGCCAGAUGAAUUCCUUUCACACAGUCAUGUGUGACCAGGGCCUGGACCCGGAGAUCAUCCUGCAGGUGUUCAAGCAGCUCUUCUACAUGAUCAACGCUGUGACUCUCAACAACCUGCUCCUGCGGAAGGACGUCUGCUCUUGGAGCACAGGCAUGCAGCUCAGGUACAAUAUAAGUCAACUUGAAGAGUGGCUUCGGGGAAGAAACCUUCACCAGAGCGGAGCAGUCCAGACCAUGGAACCUCUGAUCCAAGCAGCCCAGCUCCUACAGUUAAAGAAGAACCCUGAGGACGCAGAGGCCAUCUGCUCGCUGUGCACCUCCCUCAGCACCCAACAGAUUGUCAAAAUUUUAAACCUUUAUACUCCCCUGAAUGAAUUUGAAGAACGGGUAACCGUGGCCUUUAUACGAACAAUCCAGGCACAACUACAAGAGCGGAAUGACCCUCAGCAACUGCUGUUAGACUUCAAGCACAUGUUUCCAGUGUUGUUUCCAUUUAACCCAUCCUCUCUGACCAUGGACUCCAUCCACAUCCCAGCAUAUCUCAAUCUGGAGUUCCUCAAUGAGGUCUGACAAGACACCUUCCCACCUUUGGCUCCAUUUCCAAUGAGAGCAAGAAGGAAAUCUAUACUGUAAAGUGAAUUCAAGGAUCUAUUAAAUCUUUAAAAGUGGAUCACAUCAGAGACUGAGAACCUGCACAGAGUGCUGAACUAUACGAAAUAAGACACAUCUGUCAUUAUUUUUUGUACCUACUACUCAGAAUAAAACACUUGAAAUAUG